AAGAAGAUUCCAUGAUUAAAUCUGACUUUGACCUAUUAUCGUCGACCUCUGUAGUUGAUAUGACAUCGGUUGCUAUAGUUACGGCGUCACAACAAAGGCUGUAAUUUUUGUCGAAGACGGUGUAUCGGAGAUAAGCUUUUUUAGGUGUUAAUUUGCGCUACAACAAUGUUAAGUUCGCGUUAUUAUAGUGCCUCGCGGCUGGGUACGGAUGCGAAGCCGCGAACUGCUAUGGUAGUUGACGAGGAUGACGAAUUGUACGCAGGAUUUAAUGAGGUGGCUCCCGCACUGGACACUCGCAACCUGCGUGAAGACCAUGACUUCCAGGAGACACUGCGCACGACCGCCAUCGGAAGGAAACUGCCCAGCAGAAUGGGUACUGGGAUGAUGCGUAUGGGCACGGUGAGUGUCCGUGCAACCAGUUCCCGCGCAGGUACUGCGGCGCGGCCUGUCACUGCCGUGCGAGCUGCAGGUUAUACAUCUACUACCAGAGAAGUGCCCACCAGAGACGAUGUUAAGGAGGAUAGUAUUGAGGAACGAGUAAAACAAAUGGAGGCUCGCAUAAUGACGCUGGUUGAAGAGUCAUGUAUGCUCAGUGCACGUUCAGACCCUGAUGACGAUACUGCACCAAAGAAAGAGCUCGACUUAGGACAGGCUCUGGCCAAAGCACAAGAAGCAUCAACGAUGGAACGACAGUUGAUUCGAAUGCAAGAACAAGCUAAUCUUGGUGACACACAUAACUUGGAUCUUACUUUUGCUGUGCUGUGCAAUUUGGCGGGACAGUACGCGCUAAAUGAGAUGUAUACCGAGGCAUUAAACACGUACCAACUGCUCACCAGAAAUAAACUAUUCCCUCAUGCCAAUCGACUGAAGGUGAAUAUGGGGAACAUCUACUUCAAAAUGGGGGAACACCCAAAAGCUUUAAAAUUGUACAGAAUGGCUCUAGAUCAAACACCAACAGCUGAGAAGGAUUUGAGAAUGAAAGUGAUGCACAACAUAGGCCUUCUAUUAGUACGCAUGGGAAAGUUCCGCGACGCUGUGACAAAUUUUCAACAUAUCAUGCAUGAACAAGGAGAUUUUCAGACUGGUUUACACUUAGUGCUAUGUUCGGUGGCGUUGAACGACGCUGAAGGUGCCAAAGCGGCAUUUCACGCCAUGCUGGACGUGGAGCCGCCCACUUUUCACCAAGACAUUAAUAUUGAUGACGAAAAUGAUGCAUACGAGUGCGUAGUCCGCGACGUGGUGCGUGGCGACCGCCUGUCGCGGUGGUCGCGGCGCGGCGCGGCCCACGCCGAGCGCUGUCUGGCGCUCGCUGCCGCCGCCGCCGCCAUGCAGCGCCCGGGCUCCAGGGGACCGGACUCUGGCGGUAUGUCAUGGUGUGUGGAGGCAUUACGUGGCUACAGCGGCGGCGCGGCGGGCGCUCGCCUGGAGCUGGGCGCCGCGCUGGCUGCCCUGCGCACGCGCGCCACGGGGCCCGCCAGCGCGUGCGCGGCGCGGGUGACGGCGGCGCUGGGCGCGGCGCGCGCGGCGGGCGCGGGGCCCGCCUGGAGGGACGCCGCCGACCUUCUCACCGCCGCCACACAUCUAGACCCUGCUGAUCUCAUCGCUGCGCAUGAUCUGGCUCUAGCGUUAGAGCGGAGUGGAGACGAAAGUGCGCUGGAGGGCGCAAUAGCUCGUUGGUCGUUAGUACGUAACGCGAGCGGCGCGGGCGCCACGCUGCGGGCGCUGGCCGGCGCCGGCCUGGCGCGAGCGCACCAUACUACUCACGACGCCAGCGCUGCAGACCACUGGUACAGUCUCAUCGGCAACUUCGAUAUUGGAGUUACCUGUGCGCUUGCACAACUGCACAGCGAGAUGGGCGACACCCAAACUGCCAAGCAUCACUAUCAAGAUGUGGAAGCAGUGUGGCCAUGUGAGCUGUCUGCGCUGGAGUGGUUGGCGAGUGAGGCGCCGCCCGACGUGGCGCUGCAGUACUACCGCCGCGCUGCCAGGCUGCAGCCUAACAAUCCACAAUGGGGGUUGCUGACGGGAGCAUGUUUGCGCGCGAGUGGACGGUAUCAAGAAGCACUGUCUCUAUAUAAGAAGAUGAACACACGGUUCCCUGACAACGUCCAAUGUCUGAAGUUGAUAGUAAAGCUGUGCGGUGAUCAGGGCCUGUCAGAGACUACGUCUUGGACCCGAGAACUUCAACGUGCACAAGCGAGAGUGAAACAAAAAGAACAAGUAUCAGUUACGUCAGCCGGAAGUAUCUCCUCGGGGGCCAGUCAAUCACCUAUAGACCAAAUCAGAGGCGGUGGUCGCGUGGACAGUGCGGCGGGCCCCGCGGCCUCGCGCCGCUCCAGCGACACCCGCCCCGACAGUGCGCUCAAUAGGACAUACACGUAUUCAGCCACGUCGAACCAGGAUGGUUUGCAGCCGGUCAACAGGUCUAUAAACCGUUCGGAAGCCAAGAAAAAACAUGUCGAUGAAUUUGAUGAUGACCUGCCACUGCCACCUGAGUGAAAUUAAUGGUUAUUCUUAAUGUGACCCUAUUUUUUAGUAAUAUAAUGCAAUUUUUACGGUAAA